AUGGCAUUGCAAUUCCGCUCUUUGCUCUUGUGUGUGGUGCUGCUUCUCCUUGGCUUUGCGUUGGCAAAUACCAAUGCUGCCAGGACAGAUCCACCCGUUGUUUGUGCAACUCUCAACAGGACCCAUUUCGAUUCUCUUUUUCCAGGGUUCACAUUUGGCGCAGCUACAGCAGCUUACCAACUAGAAGGUGCUGCAAACAUAGACGGUAGAGGACCAAGCGUAUGGGAUAACUUCACCCAUGAGCAUCCAGAAAAGAUAACCGAUGGUAGCAAUGGAGAUGUUGCUAUUGAUCAAUAUCACCGUUAUAAGGAAGAUGUGGCAAUUAUGAAGGAUAUGGGGUUGGAUGCUUAUAGGUUCUCUAUCUCAUGGUCCAGAUUGUUACCAAAUGGAACACUAAGUGGUGGAAUUAACAAGAAGGGAAUCGAAUACUACAAUAAUCUCACCAAUGAACUCCUACGCAAUGGUAUAGAGCCAUUAGUGACACUCUUUCACUGGGAUGUUCCCCAAGCCUUAGUAGACGAAUAUGGUGGUUUGUUAAGCCCUCGUAUUGUCGAUGACUUUAAAGCAUAUGCAGACCUUUGUUAUAAGGAAUUUGGUGAUCGAGUAAAGCAUUGGACCACACUUAAUGAGCCAUAUACCAUUAGUAACCAUGGUUACACAAUCGGGAUCCAUGCACCAGGACGUUGCUCUGAUUGGUUUAACCCAAAAUGCCUUGGUGGAGAUUCGGGUACUGAACCAUAUUUGGUAACACACUACCUACUCCUUGCUCAUGCAGCUGCUGUAAAAUUGUAUAGGGAAAAAUAUCAGGCAUAUCAAAAUGGUGUCAUAGGAAUAACAGUUGUAUCACAUUGGUUUGAGCCCGCUUCGGAGUCACAACAAGAUAAAGACGCUGCAUUUCAAGCUUUGGAUUUUAUGUAUGGAUGGUUUAUGGACCCAUUGACAAGAGGUGACUACCCGCAGACCAUGCGAUCUAUUAUUGGUGCACGAUUACCGAAUUUCACAGAUGAACAAUCCAAGUCACUGAGUGGGUCAUAUGACUAUAUUGGAGUAAACUACUACUCCGCUAGAUAUGCAAGCGCUUAUCCUAAGGAUUAUUCUGUAUCUACACCUCCAAGCUACCUAACAGAUGUUCAUGUUAAUGUUACAACAGCUGAUCUUAAUGGGGUCCCUAUUGGUCCACGGGCUGCUUCAGACUGGUUAUAUGUUUACCCAAAAGGACUUUACGAUCUUGUACUCUACACAAAGGAAAAGUAUAAUGAUCCAAUUAUGUACAUUACUGAGAAUGGCAUGGAUGAGUUCAAUAAUCCCAAAUUAUCACUUGAGCAAGCCCUUGAUGAUGCUAAUAGAAUUGACUACUACUAUCGCCACCUCUGUUACCUCCAAGCAGCAAUGAAGGAGGGUGCUAAUGUGCAGGGAUACUUUGCAUGGUCUUUGCUAGACAACUUUGAAUGGAGUGAAGGAUAUACUGUUCGAUUUGGUAUCAACUAUAUUGAUUACGACAAUGGACUGGAAAGACACUCAAAACUCUCGACGCACUGGUUCAAAAGUUUUCUUAAGAGAUACUCAAUUAGUAAGAAGAAAAUCCGAAGAUGUGGGAACAAUAAUGUUUAUGUUGUUGAUGUGCCUCGUUUAUCCAAGUUUGUUGACUUUAUGCGGUGGAGGUGCUUUGGCCGGUUGUGGAUAUGGUUGGAGGGAUACCUUAUUGUCUAG